AUGUCCGUGAUCUCAGCGUCUUCAAAGAGACUCGGUUUUUUCCUCGCCACGAGACACAAGAGAUUGGCGUGUGACUUUCGGUCGACACCCAUGCCCUUCGUGCCAUGGGUGCGGGAUGUAUCCGCGCCGCACCAGCAAAGCGGCAUUUUGUAUGAGUUGCAGGUGGAUCCACCUCAAAUUGAGGUCCCCUCGACGCCGAAGACAGAGCCAUUGAACUUGCUUGCGUCCCCAUCUCGUACAGUGGCUGAGCUCAAGGCUCGUCUACGUGAUAUGGGAUGGAAGCUCCCCGCGAAUGUGGUGGAGAAGAAAGAGCUAGAGGCUUUAGUGGAGGAAGCGGAAAGGCAGAAGGCAGCCAAAGAUGCCGCCAAGGCCCAACAGCCAGGCACGGAAGAUGCCUCGCCGUCCGCUUCCAGCUCCGUAGCAGAAAUGAAGCGACGGCUGCGGCAGUUAGGCUUCAGAGUGCCUGGCUCCAUCGUGGAAAAGAGCGAGCUGAAGACGCUCCUGGCAGAGGCAGAACGCGAAGCAGAACGGAAAGGCCCGCCCAGUGUACCCAGCGCUCCACGAAAGUCGGCGGCAGUGGUGAAACUGGGCUCGCAGCUUCAACAGCUCGGCGUCGAGUUGCCAGAGGCUGUCACCAACGAAAGCGACGUUCGGAACUACCUGAAAGAGGCGGAGCAGCGGCAGCCCAUGGUGAAGGUCGGCUUCGCCACGGAGGUCACGUUGACCUGUACCCGUGGUGCCCAAGGCGUGGCCGAGAUCCAGGUGCAGGGACCAAUGGAGGAGAAACCGGCUCUGGAAAUGAAGUUUGAUCCCACGUCUCUUCAACGUGGAGACAGCAUUGGCCAUGGCUCAUUCGGUAGUGUGUUCAAAGCAAUGCACCACGAGACUGGAAUGGUCAUCGCUGUGAAGGUGCAGGGACCAAUGGAGGAGAAACCGGCUCUGGAAAUGAAGUUUGAUCCCACGUCUCUUCAACGUGGAGACAGCAUUGGCCAUGGCUCAUUCGGUAGUGUGUUCAAAGCAAUGCACCACGAGACUGGAAUGGUCAUCGCUGUGAAGGAAGUGUACAUUGAUGUUAAGCGCCAGCCAGAUGAGAAGCUGAAGGUGCAGUUGGAGAACGAGAUUGACCUCAUGAGUAGUCUCAGGCAUCCGCACAUCGUUUCCUACUAUGGCUGCCAUUGGUCCGACGAGAACCACCUGCAAAUGUACCUGGAAUACAUGGCAGGUGGCUCCCUGUCCCAGGUGCUUUCGAACUUCGGACCUUUGGAAGAGAGCCUCAUGGCACGCUAUACGCAGCAGCUGCUCUCUGGGCUGGAAUAUCUCCACACCCAGAACCCCUACAUUUUGCACCGAGAUAUCAAGGGCGCCAACGUCCUGGUGGGAGUCGAUUCCCUGGUGAAGCUGGCAGACUUUGGGUGCUCCAAGAGAGCAAAGGAGACCACUGCUGUGACCAUCGAAGGUUCCAUUCCAUGGAUGGCACCCGAGGUUCUGACCCACUCUCGCUUCGGAAGAGCAGGUGAUAUUUGGAGCUUUGGAUGCCUAGUUAUCGAGAUGGCCACGGCGGAUUCUCCAUGGGGCCACUUUGACAAUCUCAUGGCAGCGAUCUUGAAGAUUGGCAUGUCUGGGGAGUUGCCUCCCAUCCCUGACACAGUCUCCUUGAAGUGCAAGAACUUCAUCCGGCGCUGCACGCAGCUGGACCCAGGAAAGCGGCUCAGUGCAUCUGAGCUCCUCAAUGAAGACUUCAUGCUGGUUGGAAACGGAGAAGAUGUGGCUGAUGUGACUCAGGAAGCAGCCACAGAACCUGGCGAGGAACUCGAAGAUUUGCCAUCGGGAUGGGAGAAACAUUUUGAUGCAAGUCAAAGUGCCUGGUACUACUGGAACAACACUUCCGGACGUUCCCAGUGGCAGCGGCCCGUCGAGAGUGAGACAGAUGCCAACAGCGGGUCACGGGUGACCACGCCCACCACACCUGCGGUGAAAGAAGCGUCCCAGCAGUUGCAACAGUUGCAACCCUAA